UGAGACGCAGCAGCCGGAGCCAGGCAGAGGUGUCGGCAUGGUGGAGUUCGCGCCCCUGUCUGUGCCAUGGGAGCGCAGGCUGCAGACUUUGGCAGUCCUGCAGUGGGUCUUCUCCUUCCUGUUUCUGGCCCAGAUCUGCACUGUGGUCUUCAUAGGCCUCCUGUUCACAAAAUUCUGGUUCCUCACUGUCUUGUAUGCAAUCUGGUGGUACCUGGACUGGGACAAGCCAUGGCAGGGGGGCAGGUCCAUCCAGUUCGUAAGGCGCUCGAUCGUGUGGAAGUACAUGAAGGAUUAUUUCCCUGUUUCGCUAGUCAAGACUGCUGAGCUGGACCCGUCCCGGAACUACCUUGCUGGCUUCCACCCCCAUGGGGUCCUGGCUGCCGGGGCCUUUACCAGUCUGUGCACCGAGAGUACGGGCUUUUCUACCCUCUUCCCUGGUAUCCGCCCCCAUCUGAUGAUGCUGAGCUUGUGGUUCCGGGCCCCCUUCUUCAGGGAUUACAUCAUGGCCGGGGGGCUGGUUGCAUCAGACAAGGAGAGUGUUGAUCAUUUGCUGAGAAGGAAGGAAGGCGGAAACCUGCUGGCCAUCAUUAUAGGGGGCUCUAAGGAGGCAUUGGAUGCCCAACCUGGAGCCUACAGGCUGUUGCUGCAGAACCGCAAGGGCUUUGUCAAGCUCGCUCUGAUGCACGGGGCAGCUCUGGUGCCCAUUUUCUCCUUUGGGGAGAAUGAACUAUUUGACCAGAUUAGUAACCCUCCUGGCUCCUGGUUGCGCUGGGUCCAGAACCAUCUGCAGAGUGUCAUGGGUAUCUCCCUCCCACUCUUCCACGGCCGUGGUGUCUUCCAGUACAGCUUUGGCCUCCUACCCUACCGCCGGCCCAUCACCACCGUGGGUGAGCCAAGAUCCAGACUAGGAGGGUGGGGAAGCCUAUCGAGGUGCGGAAGAUACUGCGACCCUCUCAGGAGGAGGUGGACCAUCUGCACCAGCGCUACAUCAAGGAGCUGUGCAACCUCUUUGAGGCCCACAAGCUCAAGUUCAACAUCCCCAUUGACCAGCACUUGGAGUUCUGCUGAGCAUCAAAAGGCAGGUCACAGCCAUGGAAGGCAUUGUGGGGCCCAGCUGGAGGUGCUGUGCUCUGAGCAGGCUUCCUGGAGGUGCUGGUUGAACGUGUUUCCAGAGCCGUCCUAGACCCCUGCAAAUUCAACCCAUACCAGGCCAUAAAUCAGAGCUGGCAAAGUGGGAGAGGAGACUACUCUGGCACCCCUGAUUUGCACUCCUGCUAUGAAAUCUCUGCAAGUCUCUCCCUCUCCUUGGCCGCCAUCUACUCAUCUGUGAAAUGGGAGAGGGGCCUGGAAGAGAAAGAUUUCUGAAAUCAUUGGUUGCAAUGUCUCUCAGUGGGCAGAGAAAAGAGAACAGUAAAUGAUUAUUGAGGUUUUCUUCCUCUAACCUUGAGUGAAAAGUUCCUGGGUGGCACAAAUUGUUAAGCACUCGACUAUUAGCCAAAAGGUUGGCAACUCAAAUCCACCCAGAGGUACCUCGGAAGACAGGUCUGGAGAUCUGCUUCUGAAAGUUCACAGCCUUGAAAACCCUAUGGAGCACAGUUCUACUCUGCACACAUGGGGUCACCAUGAGUUAGAAUUGACUCAACAGCAACUGAUAACAACACUUUGAGUGACAGCGCCGAAGAAGCCACCAGCUUUAGGCCCUUUUACAAACCCCCUCAUCCUGCAACCUGUCCCAGCUCCUCCCUCCUCAAAACUGGACAGGAGAGCAUGGCCACUGAGCCCUGCACUCACUACGGAGUGACAGCCAGAGGCCCUGGAAUGAGGCUAUGGAGACCUGAGCCCUUCCUAUGAGCCUCAGUUUCCCCAACUGGCUAAGAUGACCUCUGAGUCUCUGCUCUGCAUAUGCUGAAAGCUCCACGAGGAGACCUCUUAUUCGUCCUUUGCAACUUCAGCCCCUGACCUUGAUACAAAAGGGAGGCUCAAUAAAUGUCAGUUCAUUAAAUGAA